AUGGGCGACAUAUAUACGCCAAAGUCAGAUGUGGAGAUUGAGUCGCUUUAUUUUGAUGGUCAGUCUCUGAGGACCUUCAAGCUCGAUAUCACCAUUAAAACAGGAGUUUACUUUGGCUGGGUCAGUUAUGUGACCAUCUCCCUCUUCUAUGGCCACACUUUUAUUGGAGAGGCGAUUCUUGAAGACGAGUUUGUCAAUCUCGAAAACUACAAGGGCGAACUCUAUAUUGAACUCGAUGGGGCUGUAAUUCAGCAUAUGGGGGCGUUUAAGAGUUUUAUUCGCGACAUAAUGCCCAAGCCACAGCUUGAUGCAUGCCAAUCUGAUUAG